GACCCACACACUGCUUGUUCGUCAGAGAAGACGCUCUUGUGAGGUCACCGAGGCCCGGGGGCGAGCCUGGUCCGGCGCUAUAUAAUCUUCCCGGUCCGGUGGACGAAACCAGCGCACUGAAUCAGACAGGAGACAAAGCAAGCACACACUGAGCAAACAAACAUGGUGAAGAUCACUUUCCAGCCAGUGUCGGCGCAGAAACCCGAAAAAGACAACGAUGAGGACAAGAUCAUUAUACCUCAGGCUCACGGGCAGUCGGUUCACCCAGUCAGGCCAAAGAAGCCUUUUCCAACCGGCCUGUGCUGCCUUGCCUUGGGCCUGGCAGUUUUCUUGAUAGGACUGGUGUUGGCGUCUGUCUUUAUCUAUCGCCACUACUAUAUACCUCAGCAGAUCCCAGAAGACAGUUUGUUCCAUUGUCGGGUUAUCUUCGAGGACUCUGUGUAUGCUCCUCUGAGGGGGCGGCAAGAACUCGAGGAAAACGUCGGCAUCUACCUUGAAGACAACUACGAGCAGAUCAGCGUACCCGUGCCGCGUUUUGGUGGCAGCGAUCCUGCCGAUAUCAUCCACGACUUUCAGAGGGGCCUUACAGCUUAUCACGACAUCGCACUGGACAAAUGCUACAUCACCGAGCUGAACACAACCUUAGUGAUGCCACCACGCAACCUGUGGGAGCUGCUCGUCAAUGUCAAGAGAGGGACGUACCUUCCUCAGACGUACAUCAUCCAGGAGGAGAUGAUGGUGACGGGGAGGGUGAGGAACAUGAGGCAGCUGGGCCCUUUCAUUCACAGGCUCUGUUACGGCAGAGAAACUUACCGCCUCAGACGCCGCAGCCAGCGCCAACGUAUUGAGAGGCGUGAGACCAAGAAUUGUCACAGCAUCCGCCACUUUGAGAACACUUUUGUGGUCGAGACUGUGAUCUGCGACCGGUUCUAAAUCUGAGGUGGAAAUCACAGCCAUCCAACACUGAAGCCAAUUUAAACCAUACCUCUUGAAUUCCUUAAGCGUUAAACUGCACUUUAAGAGCAAGCGUUUGUCUCGAAGUUUUAGUUUCAGUUCCAGUUGGAAUGUUUUUGUUUAUGCUUUUAUUUUUUUUGAAACGUCCGUGUACUAUGUUAAUGUCUUUUUAAUUUAAACGGAUUCCUGGAUGAUGUUAUAGAUUUGUUUAGAUAUAUCUGUAGCUUGUCAUGUCGUGCAGAACGUGUUAACCUGUGCAUGUAAGUUUGUGACAUUUACAUCAAUGGACUUGAUUUCAUUUCAUUUUUAUACUUGUCCUCGUAUUUUUUUCCAAUUAAGUUAUUUUUAGUUACUUUUUUUGUUGUUGUUUUGAAUGUCGGAAGGUGGCGAAACAUACCUCAUGUAGUUAAGAUAUUACUUUGCUGGUUGAUAUCAUAAUGAGUGGUGUAUAUAACUUUGAUUGUUCCUAAGCAAUAUAUACUGUACAUUGAUUUUCUUCUUAAUUUCAUAUUGUUACAUGCAUAGAUUUUUAUCUCAGAUCAACUUGUUUUGUGGAUGAUCAUUUCUUUCUUGUUUGCCUUUUAGUUUUGUUCUUCUCACACUUUCCUACUCCUUGGAUAUAAACGGCUUUAGACUGUAAUUAGUAGCAGUGCUGUAGAAGGACAGAAGGAACCAAAGUCUGCAGUCAGGGAUGCUACAAGCUUGGUUUUAAGGACAUAUGAAUUAUUCAUAAAGAACGCUUUAUAGUCUAGAUCACUUACUGUAGAUGAUAUCAAAGGCUAAAAACUCAUGUUGUCUUGCUCUUCCUCCUCUUCACUCAGAUUUGCCUGUUGUCUUCAGCUCUUGCCAUUUCCCAAUCUUUCCUAUCUUGGCAUUAUAAUGUUCUCUGAUGUUUGUUCGUCCCAGCUUAAAAAAGGAAAAGAUUUUGGGCUGUCUUUCUGAUGUAUAAGUUGGAGUAAAUCUGAUUCUGUUGAGAGAGAGAGAUCUGUGAUCUGUUAUCAUAUUUCACUGUCUUGGAUACUGUAUUUCGCUGUACAGUCAAUUUUUCUUGUAAAAUCUUGCUGCUUUA